AUGGAAGCUGCAAUUUAUCUUCUGUGGAAGUUUACAACCCCAAAGCCGAUAUGUGGACCAUGUUGCCAAGCUGCAUGUCCAUCGAUUGUAAAGCUACAAUCUAAUUCUAAACGUCAUUUUUCUAGUAGAUAUGCGAAUUGCGGAGACGAGAACAGCAGCGCAGAGGGUUGCUACGGCAGCGCGGAGGCUUCGUGUUCGUCGAGUCCUCCGGGUCAGCACCGUCACGUGGGCGAGAACAUCUACGAGGCCAUCUGUCGGCAAAGCGACGAAGACGAGGAGGGGGACGAGGAGGAGGACCCGCCCACCCCCACCAAUCAAGCGACCAACCGGGGCGACCAGGAGAACAUCUACGAAACGAUCGAGGAUCUAAGACAGCGCCAGCAGGCAAGUUUUUUUUAUUUUGUAGAACAGCAGCUGCAGAACGCAGCCGAGCCGCUCUACGACAACGAACAACCGUCCUGCAGCAGCACGUACGGCAUGAUAGGCAACGCGUACGGCAGGAUCGACGUGAUUGGCCACGGCAUCGGGCGCAUCGAGCGCCAUCUGUCCUCGUCGUGCGGCAGCAUCAACUCGAAUCACUACGCCGCCUUGGACACGGUGUACGGAAGCUGCAGCGGCGCGGCCGGCGGCGCCAACUUAAACCAACGAACCAUGCCGCUGCCCGUUCCGCCGCCACUGGACCGCACCGGCCGCAUCAGCAAAGUCUCGGUCCAAUGGCUGCUGGCCAACAAGUGGUUGCCGCUGUGGAUCGCGAACACCGAUCAGGGAGGCCGCGAUUAUCGAAUCAUCGAUUUCCUGCUGGCUCAGGGUUUGGAACAGGACGAAGACGAGGACGACGACGAAGACGGCGCCGCUGUCGCUGCUGCCAAAGACUCCGAAACGCAACACAAAAAUUAGACCGCUAGAGGUACGUGCAAGUCUUUUAAUUGCGAAUGUCUUCAUUACUUUUAAUGGGAGGUCAAAGUGCGGCCUAUAAAAAUUGUACAUCUGCAAAUUAUCUACAAAAAAGUUAAUAUUAUAGUUAUUAAAUAAUUUUUUCAUUAAAGCGUUAAAGAAAUAUUGUAACGAUAAACUAAAGUGUAUGGAAAAUGUGCAAAAACCAUAUAAAAUGGUUUGUCUUUAACUUUACAACCAUAAUAAUAUAUUAUGUAUCAAGCCAAGCUUGCUAGCGAGUGGUUAAUAAAA